AUAGUGUUAUUUAUUAUAUUGUAAAAAUAAUAUAAUUUUAAGGGUUAUAUUUGAAAAAUAUGGCAGAUCGUUUAACACAAUUGCAAGAUACUAUAAAUCAACAAGCAGAACAUUUUUGUAACAGUGUAGGUAUUUUACAACAAUAUUCAACGCCUAGUAAAUUUCCUGGUUUUGAUCGUGUUGGGACACCACAACCACAUCAACCUCAAGAAGAUUAUGCAGCCUUAUUUGCCACUCUUAUAGCAAGAUGUGCAAAGGAUAUUGAUACCUUAAUAGAAAGUUUACCAAGUGAAGAAUCAUCACAAGAAGUACAAGUUGCAAGUCUUAGUCGCCUUGAGCAAGAAAACCAAGAAGCUGGUGAACAGCUAGAAGAAGUUGUAAAACAAGGAGAAGCACUUUUACAAAGGAUUCAAGCUGCUCUACAAGAUAUUGCUCAAAGUCAAUUAGAUAUGCAAGAUCCAGCAACAUCAUCUGUAAUUAAUAUUAGCCUUAACACUAAUUCAACUUUCAAACAAGAAAAUGUGAGUUCUGUAAAUACGGUAUCUACAAACAGCACGCAUCAGUUGUCAGAUCCUUCACCUAAUUCUGUAAAUCAAUGA